AUCCUUAUCAUUUACCAAUGAAUGAGCCACCACCAUUUCCAUCACUCUCGCUCCUUUCUCGCUAUUCAAAUCUCUUUGUGCAUCAAGUGCAAACGCUUUCUAGCCAUGGCAAUAGGCCAAGGUAUAUAAAUACAGAAUUCCAGAUCAUAAAAACAUUAUAUAUUUCUUUUUUUGAUAAUAAAAACAUUAAUUUUAAAACGUACAAAAAAUAAAAAAAGGGAAUGUCUCCUUCUAUUCCAGACCGAAAACGUGAACGAAGCUCCAAAUUUCUCCUCCUGGAAAGAGCUGCAAAAAAGAAAAAAAAAAAGCAAAGAAGAGAAAUCAGAAACCCUAAUUUUUCGUUAUUCUUUAACUCCCGUUCCUUGUAACCCAAGUAUUGAAUCGGUGCCGAUUUGAAUCUGUGAAAUGAGCUUUCUGGAGAACGAUUAAGAGAGGAAAAGGAAACUCAACAGGCUGAGGGUUUUUUUAUUUUUACCAUUUUUUCUUCUGUUGCGAGUUCCUUUUUUUUUUUUAUCGAUUUAUGAAGAAGCAUCGUCGAUGGCAGAGGAUUCUGAUCCUCUCUUUGCUCUCUUUAUCUGUAUUGGCUCCAAUCGUCCUGCUCUCUCAGAGACUUAAAACCCUCACUUCUAUCGACGGGAAGGAGUUUAUUGAGGAUUUGGCCAGUAUUAAGUAUAGGACAGAUGAUUUAAAACUUAAUGCAAUCGAACAGGAAGCUGCCGAAGAAAUAAAAGGUCCAAAACUAGUUGUUUUCAAAGAGAAGGAUUUUAGUUCUGUAAUUACUCGCAUUUCUGAUGAGAAUCAUGAUUCAGAUCAUUCUGGGGAUGCUCAAGAUGCUUCUAAAUUGCUAGAAGCAACUGAAACUAAUGCUGAAGGAAAAGGCAAGCAUCAAAUUCAGCAGAAUAUAGUACGGAUGAACUCCAGGGAAGAGGAGCAAUCCAAUCAAGAAACAGAUAGACAUGAUCAGCAUUUGCAGUCUCAAUCACGCAGGGUAAUGGAUGAGAAGGUAAAGCAGAUGAGAGAUCAGCUCAUUAGAGCAAAAGCGUACUUAAGUUUUGCGCCACCUGGUAGUAACUCUCACUUGGUGAAAGAGUUGAGAACGCGAAUCAAAGAGGUUGAACAAGCUGUCGGUGAAGCCAGCAAGGAUUUGAAUUUGUCAAGGAGUGCUUCACAGAAAAUGAGAUCUAUGAAGGUUUCUUUGGCCAAAGCGAGUCAUGUAUUCCCUGACUGCUCUGCAAUGGCUACAAAACUUCGUGCCAUGUUUUAUAAUGCUGAAGAACAGGUUCGGGCACAGAAGAAUCAAGAGUCAUAUCUUGUUCAACUUGCUGGAAGGACUACUCCUAAAGGCCUUCACUGCCUUUCCAUGCGUCUGACUGCUGAAUAUUUUUUCCUUCAACCUGAGGAAAGGCAGUUCCCAAACCAACAAAAAUUGAAUGAUCCAGACCUUUAUCACUAUGCAGUAUUCUCCGACAAUAUUCUGGCUUGUGCAGUGGUUGUUAACUCCACAAUUUCCUCUGCAAAAGAGCCAGAGAAUAUUGUUUUUCAUAUGGUGACCGAUUCUCUCAACCUCCCAGCAAUUUCAAUGUGGUUUUUAUUAAAUCCUCCUGGCAAGGCUACAAUUCAUAUUCAGAGCAUAGAAAAUUUUAAUUGGUUGUCCACCAAGUAUAAUUCAACAUUGAGGGAACAAAAGUCCUAUGAUCCAAGAUAUACUUCUUUGCUUAACCAUCUUCGGUUCUAUCUGCCAGACAUCUUUCCAGCACUGAAUAAGAUUGUGUUUUUUGAUCAUGAUGUGGUAGUGCAAAGAGAUUUAACUGGAAUUUGGAGUGUUGACAUGAAGGGGAAAGUAAAUGCAGCAGUUGAAACUUGUCUGGAAAGUGAAGCUUCAUUUCGUGCGAUGCAUAUGUUUAUGAACUUUUCAGACCCAUUUUUGGCUAAGAGUUUUAAUGCCAAUGUUUGCACAUGGGCAUUUGGCAUGAAUUUGUUUGAUCUCCAAGAAUGGAGAAGAAAAAAUUUAACCACGCUCUAUCGUAAUUACUUGCAACUGGGAUUUAAGAGGACAUUGUGGAAGGCAGGAAGCUUGCCCUUAGGUUGGAUUACCUUCUACAACCAGACUGUGGCUUUAGAAAAGAGAUGGCAUGCACUUGGGCUAGGUUAUAACUCAGGUCUUGGGCAGGGUGAUAUUGAGCAUGCAGCAGUUUUACACUAUGAUGGAGUCAUGAAACCCUGGUUGGAAAUAGGAGUUGCUAAAUAUAAGGGCUAUUGGAGCAAACAUCUGCAGUAUGACCAUCCUUACUUACAACAGUGCAAUAUCCAUGGGUGAUUAGCGUUCAAGUGGAAUUCUUUGAUUCAUGCCACAUUUCUAGUUGCAUCUCCCAGAAACUGCUCCUAUUGAUCUGAUUCUUUAACAAUCUUUCAUGUAAAUGUCAACUCAUUUUUCCCAUAUUGUCCUGCCCUUAUGUUUUAGGGGUUGAGUCAAUUUAUGGCAAUAACCAAAGGUAAUAAGUUUCUGUUGGGAAUGCUGUAUUGCAGGUGUACAUUUGUACGUAACUGAUAUCACAAUUCCCCUAGAUUCAAGAAUACAUAUUCUUGAAAUAAGAGGGGAAACAUAUAAACUUUUAUUGAUCGGAUAGUUAAUUAGUUUAAGAUUAGUUUAACAUAUAAACUUAUAAAUUAGUUUAAGAUUAAAUCUGAAACAUAAUUCAAAGAUAGAAUAUUUGAAUCUGAGCAUACGCAGUUGCCGAUAUUUUUUGUACGGAAAAUAGUUUAAGAUUGUUGUUGUGAACCAAGAAAAUAAUUUUUUAAGUUAGGUCUAAGUUAGGUUCAAGGCCCGUUAUUUUCCCUUGUCAUGACUUACGACCAAAGGACGCUCUUGGGUUCAAUCUUUGUUUACAGACAGAUGACACGUGGACGAAUUGGUUGGGCCUAUUUGGAUAGGGGAUCUGAAAGGAGGAGCUACCUAUCAGUCUGGCGUGAUUCUUGACCAACGGUAUUAAUCUGUAAAAUUCUUUACGACGUAUAUGAAAUGAAAUAAACUGGUACUCUUUGGAUCAACUGCCAUUGUAGCAAGAUCACUCUACUGUAGCUGUUUGCUUUCUCCUAAUUGGAAAAGGAAUAUGGCAACCAUCUCUGCUAGCACCCCUACCUCAUCAAUCACCCAUGCAGCUAUUGCACACAGGCCAUCACCGAGGGUUGCAUCCCCUGUUGCCGUUGGGUUGCCAACAACGGCAAAGAAGGGGAAAGUGAUGUGUUUCACGGAGAAUAAGUCUUUUGCACAUAAAAAUAUUUGAGAACAUCACAGCUUUGAUAUUACUUGUUAGACUAAAAAAAUCAUAAUCUUAAUCCCUUUGGUUUUAGCAACAACCUUCUUGGCUGGAUCCUUUUUGGUGUAUUCGGCCUGAUUUGGGCACUUUACUUUGUUUACACUUCCUCCCUUGAAGAGGAUGAGGAGUCGAGAUUGUCACUCUAAGCCAAACCU